GCAGCUAUUGCAUUAGCUAUAGCCUCUAACCCCAACGCCGAUGUGCUCACUGACUCCCAGAACGCCUGUCGCAACUUCAAUAAAGGAUUAAUUCACAGGUCAGGGUUGUCAUUGCUGACUAAGCAUCCACCCAGCCAAGCCUCAGUCACCUGGUUUUCCGGUCACCUGGAACUACCAGGAGGAAACGAAGCCGCUCACAGGCAUGCCCGAGCUCUUCUAUACCGGGCGUCUCCCCCUGAUGACCGUGAAGAGUGCUGGGACCUAACUGCUUUAGCAGUGUAUGCUGACAAUCUCGCACCAUACAGAACAGCCAGGAAGGAGUACCCAACACCACAUAAAUCCCUCAAUAAAUUGGAAGAGAACACUCUUAGGAGACUAGGAACUAAU